CGUUCUGGGGAUUCUACUUGGAGACUGAGAGGAACACUUUACCGUUUCAUCCUGCACAGUUGAAGGCAGACUUUCAACCUGCUGGCUUGUUUUUGCUUCCUCGGACCCACUUGCAGAAAACGCACUCUUCCCAGGAGUCUGACAGAAACGUGUGCGUAAAGACAAUCCAAAUCGGUUUUACGCACGGGAGCAAAAUAGAUUGUUUUGUGCACUUAUCUCAGCUGAUAGACUCUGGUCAUUUUGGCAAGGUAAAGUCUAAUUUAAAGACUUUUCCUUGCGUAAGGCAUCAGAAAGAACUCCUCCGUUUCACGCGUAUUUUGGCACCACACCGCUUUUCGUAUGAAUCUCCUCGACCCUUACCUUAAGAUGACGGAGGAACAAGACAAGUGUCUCUCUGACGCCCCCAGCCCGAGCAUGUCCGAGGACUCCGCGGGCUCCCCGUGCCCCUCGGGCUCGAGCUCAGACACCGAGAACACGCGCCCCUCAGAGAACGGGCUGCUCGGUGUGGACGCAGACUUCAAGAAGGAGGAGGACGAUAAGUUUCCCGCUUGCAUCCGCGACGCUGUGUCCCAGGUGCUCAAGGGCUACGACUGGACCCUCGUGCCCAUGCCCGUGCGCGUAAACGGAUCUUCUAAGAACAAGCCUCACGUGAAGAGACCCAUGAACGCCUUCAUGGUUUGGGCUCAGGCUGCCCGCAGGAAGCUCGCGGAUCAAUAUCCUCACCUGCAUAACGCGGAGCUCAGCAAAACUCUGGGGAAACUCUGGAGACUUCUCAAUGAAGGAGAGAAGCGGCCGUUUGUGGAGGAGGCUGAGCGGCUCCGCGUGCAGCACAAGAAGGAUCACCCGGACUACAAGUACCAGCCCCGGCGGAGGAAGUCUGUGAAGAACGGGCAGAGCGACGCGGAGGACGGCAGCGAGCAGACACACAUCUCUCCCACCGCUAUCUUCAAAGCCCUGCAGCAGGUAGACUCUCCGGCCUCCAGCAUGGGAGAGGUGCACUCUCCGGGGGAACUCUCAGGUUCCCAGGGGCCUCCCACCCCCCCCACCACCCCAAAGACUGACAUCAGCUCCGUCAAGAUGGACCUAAAGCGUGAGGGGGGUCUCCGCUCUCUCUCAGACGGACGCCAGCUCAACAUCGACUUCCGCGACGUGGACAUCGGCGAGCUGAGCAGCGACGUCAUCUCCCACAUCGAGACCUUCGACGUCAACGAGUUCGACCAGUACCUGCCCCCCAACGGACACCCCGCCAUCCCCGGCAGCGUCACGCCAAUCACGUACACCGGCAGCUACAGCAUCAGUGGAGGAGGAGGAGGAGGAGGGGGUCCAGGGAGCCCUCAGAAUACAGCAUGGCUGGCAAAAACCCAAACCCAAACCCAGCACUCUCUGGCCGCCGUCAGUUCCUCCGAGAGGACCCAAAUCAAGACGGAGCAGCUGAGUCCGAGUCACUACACGGAGCAGCAGAGCUCCCCGCAACACGCCGCCUUCAGCCCCUUCAACCUGCAGCACUACAGCCCCCCUGCCUCCACCUACACCUCCUCCAGGGCGCAGCAGUACGACUACUCCGAGCACCAAGGGGGGGCAGGAACAGCUUCUUACUACAGCCACGCGGGGGCGGGACAAAGCUCGGGUCUGUACUCGACUUUCAGCUAUAUGAGUAGCAGCAGUCAGAGGCCAAUGUACACACCCAUCGCUGAUAACGCGGGGGUGCCGUCCGUCCCUCAGACCGGCCCCCAGCACUGGGACCCAGCACCCGUCUACACCCAGCUCACCAGACCAUGAAACCCCCCCAAAAACACUUUGAAUUUGGGGAGGGGGGCUCCCUGAAUCAGACACUUGAAGAGUAGAACAGCUGGACUUGUGAUUGGCUCACGUCGUGCCUUGCUAUCUUGAUAGAAACGAUAUAUAUAUAUUUUUAGAGAGAUGAUAGAAAAAAAAAUCCUCUGUGAGGACUUUUCGAUUGUUGAUAUUUCCGUAGGUACUGUGUAUGUUUCUCUUAUUUUUCUUCUGGCAGUUUGUAACCCAUGGGGGUGGGGGAGAGGUCAUUAUUUGUACCUGUAUGAACAGAAAGCUUUAUAUAUUUCAAAAGGUCAGCAGCUAACCCGCUCUGUUCGACUUCAGUUCUAUCUUGUGCCAUUCAGCAAGUAUGGUUUGUAUUUAAGCUGUUGAUUUGUUUAUUCAAGAAAUGUGUUAUGAUCGUCAGAAAAAGUUAUUAGGCAACACAGAGAAAGAGAGGCUUGAUUUCACAAUGCCAUUUUUGAACACAUAAA